UUCGGAAAAGGCAUGCCCUGACAUUCAGUCAACAAUGUCGACCAAACUUUUCUAAUUCCAGAAAGUAACCAUUACGCACGCAGCUUCUUCCUCCCCUUACUAUUUUUGACCUUUCACGUUCUUGGUGGAGCGCACAUUACACUUUCGCGUCACAAUCGAAUCUCACUUACCUUUUUUUACUUUUCUCUUUCACCGUUUUUCUCUUAGGUUUUUUUUAGUGCCUUGUUCUUUGAGCCCAGAUCUGUUUUUGGGGUCCAUCCUCAGAAAUAUGUGGACAGCGGUGGGUGUUUUGAGACGUACGGCGUUCUCCGCCGUGAGUAAAGGUUCCCCGGUGAAGCCAUGGCUCGCUGGUGGCUUCAGGUGUCUCACCGUUGAACCAACAGGGAAAGAGAAGGAGAAGGAGAAGGAGAAGGAUAAGGAGGAGAUAACAGUAACGGAAGCGAAGAAGUUAAUGAGGUUAGUGAAUGUUGAUGAGAUGAAGAAGAAGCUUGGUUGUAUGGGUAAUGAAGAAACCGUCUCUUACACUAAACUCAUUGAAGCGUCUCAAGGUUUAGGCAUCGCUAGAUCUCUCGACGAAGCUCAAGCUUUCGCUCGUGUACUCGAUGAUGCUGGUGUCAUUCUGAUUUUCAGAGAUAAAGUCUAUCUUCAUCCAGAUAAGGUGGUGGAAUUGAUUAGAAAGGCAGUGCCUUUGGGUUUAAAUCCGGAGGAUAAUACUAUUAGAGACGAGUUUGAUAAGCUCAGGGGUAUGAAGGAAGAGAUUGAUGUGCUGGCUCAUAAGCAAGUUAGGAAAAUUCUAUGGUGUGGUCUUGGUUACUCUGUGGUUCAGAUUGGUCUGUUUUUUAGACUAACUUUCUGGGAGUUUUCUUGGGAUGUGAUGGAACCGAUUACGUUUUUCACUACAGCAACUGGGAUUAUUGUCGGAUAUGCUUAUUUCUUGAUGACUUCGAGAGACCCAACUUAUCAAGAUUUCAUGAAGAGGCUGUUUCUUUCUAGGCAGAGGAAGUUGCUCAAGAGUCGUCAGUUCGAUGUUGAGAGGUUUAAGGAAGUUGAGAAGAAGUGGAAGCUCGCGUCUUGCUCUUCUUCUUCUUCAUAUCACUCGUGCCACGCAAACGCGUCGAUUCGGAAUCGUGUUGGUGUUGAUCUUGAUUUGGAGGAUUCUGUGCAGAGUCGCAGAGAUUGA